AUGGAGAAAGUUAUUCGUGAGAUUGGUGGUUCGAGAGGCACAGGACUUAAAUACAAAGACGACGAUGGAUAUACUUAUUGGAAAAAUCGACAAUGUCGAAUGCACUUAACUAUUCGUUGUGCAUCCUGGAGAGCUGGUUGUCGUGCAAAAGGCAAAGUUUUUAAUAGCGACACUUCGAAAGUUUUUUUGACGACAGGCCACGAAACUCAUCCAGAAAAUCAAUUGGCAUUAAAUAGAUUCAAAAAUAUUUGUAAUCAACGGGCACAGGCUGAACAAAUAUCACUUCGUGUCAUUUAUAACGAAACAUGCGGUAUGGCAGAUUUUGUAAAUGUUCAUGUCGGUUCAUUUGUCUCACUGCAUAGAACAAUGCGUAGACAUAGGCGUCGAAUUCAUCCAGUCACUCCUCAGUCUAUGACUGAAUUCCACUUACAAUUAACAGGAGAAUAUGCGCACUUGUCUAUGAUACAAAAUGAAACAAUAUACUCUGGCAUUGUUGGUGCAACUCCAGAAGAAGGAACCACUUUACUUUUCAUUUUGCCUGGAAUCAAAAAUUUACUUAGGACUGGUUCAACUUUUUUGUUGGAUGGCACAUUUUCUAGUUCACCAAGUUUUGGAAACGAAUGCCACCAAUUAUAUAUCAUAAUGGGCAUAACAUUUAAUACUGGAUUUCCUAUAGGUUUUGCAUUGAUGUCGAGGAAAACGGAAAGGGCAUACACGACGCUUUUCAAUAAGGUUUUAAGUAUAGUACCAGAGUGGCAACCUCAAACCAUAAUAGUUGAUUUUGAAAGGGCAGCUAUUGCUGCUAUAAGAACAAUGUUCCCAAAUACCACUAUUAGAGGCUGUUGGUUUCAUUCCUCCCAAGCGGUAUGGAGAAAAGUUGCAAACAUAGGAUUGAUUGAAAUAUGUAGUAACCAUCGAGGAGCCUAUGACACAGUGCAUAUGUUGAUGGCAUUGCCUUUGCUGCCGACAAAUAGUAUAGCUGAAGGUUUUGAAACUGUAAGGGCAUACUAUAUUGAGAAUGUGCAAUCAUUGAUUAGCAAUAAUAAUGAUUACAAUUUUACAUUAUUAUUUGAAUAUUAUAGAUCAACAUGGCUUGCAGGUCUGUAA